UGCCAGGACUAAGAAAAACAGUCUGAGUACCUGUGCGGUCCUGGAAAAGCGCGAUAGUAACUACGCAUAGUGUGCGUGCAAGAGUGAAAUCUGGACAUUUCUGACGUGCUUGACGUGAUAUUUAAGCAAUUUUACCAGCAAAAAAUGCACGUAGCAAGACCCGAAACUUUUUUUUUUCAUAUAUUUCUCUGCGUGACUUUUCCUUAAUAUUCAAAUGCAAACUGAACACUCACCCCCUCAGCUUUGCACUGGUACUCAUUAGACUUGAAAAUUGUUUGUCUCUAAUUGUUACUUUUUUGAUUUCUCGGCAUUGUUUUCCCCGCGAAAUGGGGUGGACCCAACAUCACUUCUCCACCUUGUUACAUACGGUUUCGGGCCCUUUUUUAAGUGUUUUUCCUCGCAAGCUGUGCGUUUAAGAGUAGAAUUUGGACAUUUCUGACGUUCCUAACGUGAUUUUUGAGCAAUUUUACCCGCAAAAAGUAUACGUAGCAAGCUGUUUUUCUGGUAAGCAGCAGACCCAUUUACGUGGAAAGCACCCUUAUUACAGAGGUACUACGUAAAAGACGCACAUGGGUAGUGCGGGUACCACUACAUCAACGUGACGUUGAUCGAGCAAAAAAAUCAAUUUCAUCCGUCCUGAUGAGACAUAAACUAGGUAUGUUACAAUCAUUCACUCGUGUUCCUCUGUUACUCCUACUUGCUGAAAAUAGGUGCUCACAUAAUUUUUCUACUGAUUUAGGAUGUCUUUGAAGUGGGUGUUUUUGUUGAUUUAUUGGAGCCAUAUAGCUGCAUCAGAAGAUCAAAGGAUUCAUUUGAUGGAUAUAUCAAUGAUCUGCCUCAAUUUUACGAGCUCAACUGAUAUCACUAUUUGCUCUCAAGAAAAAGAGAUAUCCUCAAAUAUCCUGCAUGGUUUCCCUCUUGAACCCGUCAUGCUUCUCAAGGACGAAUUCGACGCACGGAAAAUACAUGGAAUAAUUAGAAGACUAUUUGUUAGCCUGAUUGGAGCUCACUUCCAGGGAGAAUUCAAUUUGUCCUGCGAUGCAGAAUGCGUUCACGCGAACGGACACAAGGUGUGUUCUUGCUUCAACUCCAGCCUGGAUAAAAACGAAGACACCUCUCUUGCCAAUCACAGCUCAACUCCAGACAGUUCAACAUCAGGAGUGCACUUGAUAUUUCUGGAGUCGGGAAGUGACUCGAACCGACCCUCCACCGGGGCAACUCUCGAGCCACGAGAUUCCCUCCGAAGAAGACCCAGAUCGUCCUGCGGUUGCGGGCUCGGAAGCAUGCUCAGCGCUAUUUUCGGGAGCAGAAGUCGAAGGAGACUUACGAACUCCCAGCGAGGUCAGUUUGGAUCUCGUGGUAGCCACUCUGCAGGGAGUCGCAGGAGCGAGAACAAUCCACCUCCACCUUUACGUAUGCCUCUGAGAAACCCGCACCAGCGAUGGGUGGGCACGGGUGGACAUGGAGCUGAAUCUCCUGAUGCGGUUCUCGGUACUGCGUUUUCAACCCCUGGUGUAUCACCCUCACGGCGCUCACCCUAGACCGCAUCCGCGGGGAAACGAACUCCAGCUGGCCGAUUAUUGAACUUGUGUAUUUGUCGGGCGGACAUUAGAAUAUAGUUAUAGUUAAACGGUGGAUCAUGUUUGGUCGGCUAUGUUUUAUCGCUGCUUUGUAUUGCCUUUGUCAGGUGGAAUAGACGACAUACUGACGGGAA